GAGAGCUGUUUGCAUACAAAUCUCCCUGAAAGAGGGCAUGACCAAAUUGGGGGCUGUAAAUUCUAGGGACUCUGGAUUUUAUUAGGUUAAGGCUGAAGCCUGUUGUUCCCCCGUCGCAGACCACUCUCACUCAACAGUUUAUUUCUCCAUCCGUUUACGUGUGCAUCUAAUUUCUGAAGAACGCAUAAUCCGCUAUCUGUCACGUAUUUGUGGAGUACAGUACAGCUCACGCACGCUUUGUGGACUAAGCUACAUUUGGAGCUGAUGAGAAGUACUACAGAGGUGAAGCAGAGAAGCACCUAUCAGUUUUGCCUCCAGCCGAACGAAGAGACGCUUUCAGGUACAUAUGGGGCACGGAGAGGCUUCGGCGAGGGGGACGGCCAUGGAGGGCGACUGCCUGAGCUGCAUCAAGUACCUCAUGUUCGUCUUCAACUUCUUCAUCUUUCUGGGCGGCUCCUUCCUGCUGGGCGUGGGCGUCUGGGUGCUGGUGGACCCCACGGGCUUCCGGGAGAUCGUGGCGGCCAACCCGCUCCUCUUCACGGGCGUCUACGUCAUCCUGGCCAUGGGCGGCAUGCUCUUCCUGCUCGGCUUCCUGGGCUGCUGCGGGGCCAUCCGGGAGAACAAGUGCCUGCUGCUCUUCUUCUUCAUGCUCAUCCUCAUCAUCUUCUUGGCAGAGCUGGCGGCCGCCAUCUUGGCUUUCAUAUUCCGGGAGCACCUGACCCGAGAGUACUUCACCAAGGAGCUGAAGAGGCACUACCAGGGCUACAACAACACUGACGUCUUCACAUCCACAUGGAACGCCAUCAUGACCACGUUCGACUGCUGUGGGGUGAACAGCCCUGAAGACUUCGAGGAGAGCCUCUUCAGGCUCAUCAACCCCAACGACAUGGUGCCCGAGGCCUGUUGCCAGAGGAACAGUCACCUGGGAGACGUGGCGUACAUCAGCAGAGAGGAGUGCCUCAUGGGCAGCAUGCUGUUCCGCCACAACAAGGGUUGUUAUUCGGCAGUGGUGGACUACUUUGAGACGUACAUCUACUUGGCUGGAGCGCUGGCCAUUGUGGUGCUGACCAUUGAACUCUUCGCCAUGGUGUUCGCGAUGUGUUUGUUCAGAGGGAUCCAAUAGAGUUGGCGUGCUGUAUGGAGGGACUGUUUCAAAAGGGAAAUUGCAGGAAGAGAAAAACACAGCCUGCAAAACACAAAAGGAGAGUUUUCUUUUUUUGGUUCUUUUUUUUUAUUUUACAAGAUGGCAAAUUUGGAACUUCAACAUCGACCAAAUGACUCGUACUUCACAGCUGGGCCUUUGAGGUACUCGGUGGCAUGUGAGAACCACAAAAUAAAGCAACAGAGGAUGGGGAGGCAGAGAAAAAGAGAAGAAAAAAAACAAGAAAAAACGAGUGUGAAGUGGAGCAGCUGAAGCCGGCGGCCACAGCAUUUCCGUUGCGGGAGUGGAGACAGGCACUGCACUGACUUUUGGAUGAAGAAGAAUAUUUAUACAGAGGGAAGUUGGCUUAGCUGUAUAGAGAUUUGUGUUUGAAUAUAACUUGGCUGUACCCCCCCCUCCUUUCUCUAUGGCUGUACCCUCUCCCCCACUGAUCUCACACACACUCCUCUCAGAGCCUCAUUUGUUUAAUGCUGUAUAAAGCCUUGUUCAGAACUGGUUUACAAAGGAUGUUAUGUGUCUCUUCCCCGAUCCCCCUAGCUUGGAAGCCAACUUCUGGUGCAUUUUUUUAUAUUGUGCUGUGAUGGUCAUUGCAAUGGUAAUUGUUACAUGUGAUUUUAGCUGAAAUGUAAUGGUAUGCAUUUGUAUUAGAAUGUAUAAAAGAUAUUGAAAAUAAUAAAAAUGAUUAUGUAA